AAGUUCCGGCGCGAGGCGGGGGGGGGGAGAGCCGCGAGGAGCGCGCGCGCCGGGCCGCGGGAGAGGUGCCAGUGUCGAGUCCCUCUCGGUGUAUGUGUGGUAACAACAUGUCUGUCCCCCUCCUCGCCGACGCCGUGACCGUCUCAGGGGCAGAGCGGGAGACCGCCGCGGUCAUUUUCCUACAUGGCCUUGGAGACACGGGGCACAGCUGGGCCGACGCUCUCUCCUCCAUCCGCCUCCCCUACGUGAAAUACAUUUGCCCUCACGCGCCCCGGAUCCCAGUGACCCUCAACAUGAAGAUGGUCAUGCCCUCCUGGUUUGACCUCAUGGGAUUGACUCCGGAUGCACCUGAGGAUGAAGCUGGGAUCAAGAAAGCUGCAGAAAACAUUAAAGCAAUUAUUGAGCAUGAGAUGAAGAACGGGAUCCCCGCCAACCGCAUCAUCCUGGGGGGCUUCUCACAGGGCGGUGCCUUGUCGCUGUACACGGCUCUCACCUGCCAGCACCAGCUGGCUGGAAUUGUGGCACUCAGCUGCUGGCUCCCGCUCCACAAGGCCUUCCCACAGGCGGCGAACAACGGCGUGAACAAGGACAUUGCCAUCCUGCAGUGCCACGGGGAGAUGGAUCCCAUGAUCCCCGUCCGCUUCGGGGCCCUCACUGCCGAGAAGCUGAAAUCUGUCGUCACCCCCACCAAGGUCCAGUUCAAAACCUACCCCGGCGUGAUGCACAGUUCCUGUCCUCAGGAGAUGAUGGCGGUGAAGGAGUUCAUCGAGAAGCUGCUGCCGCGGAUCUGAGCGGAGCCGCUCGGGACUGUCGCAGGGGAGGGUGCCGAGGUCACAGCCGCCCAUCUCCCCCCGUGACCCGCCUGCUGCAAACGGAAGCCAUGGCCCCCCACUGCACCUCCCGCCGCACCCCCGGCCCCCACCUCCCCCCGCCGCCUCUCACCGCGCCCUCUCGGGCCGGGGGUGCCCCGGCUCCCCCUGCUGCUCUCGGAGCCGAGGUCGGAGCGGUCGAAGGCGAGUCUUGGAGUGGCCUUUUCUCUCCUCCUCUUGCUCCGAGCGGGUUCCGUGGGGGUCACGUCCCCCGGGCCCCUGCAGCGUGCGGGGCUGGCACGGGGUGGGGAAGAUGUUUCUGUUGGGUUUGGGCUUUUUGUACCAGUAUUAGGGGUGGGACGUGCCCGGGUGCGGCGGGGGGAGCGGGGCAGGCACAGGGCAGGGCUGGGGCACCCCUGUGGCCCAGCCCGGGCUGUGCCCUCGGAGGCUGCUCUCAGCCUUCCCUCAGGUGACUCACGGGUUUUCAAUCAGAGCUCAGGAACCCGGGACUCCCCUGCAGAUACCCCCAGGCCCCGGGGCAGGCUCUGCCCUGGGCCGGUACCGCCAAAGGCUGCCCGGGGCCGGGGCAGGGUCAGCACAGCCCCCGCACCUCCCGCACGGCCCCGCCUGUCGCACACGCACACUCCCCCCGGCCUGGGCAGCUCUGCCCUCCUCAGAUAAUCGCCUCCUUCCUCCUCUUCCUCCUCCUCCUGUUGCUUUUACAAUCUCCUCCUCGGCCCUGCGGGGGUCCCAGAGGUGUCUACCCCCCAUCUCCAGCCCAGCUCUGCGCCCUCAGAGCCCUGAAGCUUCGUUUACAGUCAUAGGCGGAGCCGCCCGGCGCCGGCCCCGUCAUUAAUGUCUCUCUUGCUGCUACUUGUCCUUUCCUUUGGACUUGGACUGGCUCGGGGAGGGAGAGGUGAUGUCCCUGGACCCCAGGUUUGGCUCCCGGCGCAGCUGGAAGAAGCAGCUUUGCCCCCAAGCCAUCAUCUCACCAGCGUCUGAGGCCUGGGUGCUGCUGUGCCCCGUCCUGUGGGCAGCGCGGGAGUCUCUCUGCUCCCUGGGGGUCUCUCUGCUCCCUGGGGCUGUGGGCUCUUGUCCCACUGUGUACAAUCACCAGGGUCCCCGGGGUCCCUUGCCCAUGGGUUUGUCCUCUCUUGAGUGCUGGCAUCGUGCUGGGUGCGGGGCCGGGACCGUCCCCAGCAGCUCCCCGGGACAGGGCCCCGAAUGUCUCCUCCUGGUGGGCUCCUGCCCCCCCCUCCCCUCCCCUCCCCUCCUGCAGGGCCGAGGGCAGUAGCUGUGGAGCAGUGCUGCCCUCGCCUCCCCCCGGGCUGAGCCCACACCCCCAUGGCCUGGGGCUGAUCAUGUAUUUUAGAACCCCCCACACCACCCCUGGCCCCAGGGCUGUCCCCACUCUCCCCUGGUCUGGGCCCAGCCUCUCACCCUGCAGAGCUUCUGCCCAGUGCCCCAGGACCAGCAGUGGGCUGGGGCCAGGGCUGGCAGCUCCCCAGGGCCAGGGGCUGUUCUGGGGGCUGGUGAGGGACUCUGGAGGGGGCUCUGCUCCAGCCGUGCCCCCCCAGCCCAGGAUGCCCAAAGCAAUAACCUGCUCUCCGGAGAGUUGGAUCUGUGGGACCCACCCUUGGUUGGGUUCUUGGCUUGGGGUUUGGUUGGGGUUUUAAUUUUUUUCUCCCCUUUGGGAAGUCUUAAACCAGCAAAGCUGAUGCUGGUGUUGGGGGGAGCCCAGCACUGCCCCUGCCCUGGGGGUCAGUCCUGGCCUGGGGGUCAGUCCUGCUGGGUCUUCUGUGUUGUAACACUGCUCUGUCCCCUCUCGCUGUGCUGGGCCAGGGUGGGGGCACAGGGGGCUUGCUGGGGUGGGAGUGCAGCUCCCUGUGGAUCACUGGCUGGGGUGGGAGUGCAGCUCCCUGGGGGUACCGAGGGCUGGCGAUGGACAGACCGACCUGUUUGACUGUGAACUGGAACCGUGUGCGAUGGGGGGGCCUGGGACCAUCCCCGGGGGGCCUCGUUUGGCCCCCUCCUGCAGAGCAUUCCUGCUCACUCCCCACCUGGGAACCCAGGAGGGAGAACGGCUUCUCUCCAUUCCUCAAUACAGCUUUGGGUUUUUUCUUCUUUUUUUUUUUUUUUUUUUUUUUUUCCUUUUUUUUUUUUUUUUUCCUUCUCUCGUCUUCCUUGUACAUGUUUGGGGUUUUUUGUGUGUGUGUGCGUGCGUUCCACAGAGAAACAAGGUUAAAUAAAUCCUGAACCUACCCCAGA